UGAAGAAUGUUUCAACUGAUUAGCUCAUAGAUGAGAGGCUAAAAUGGGUCCUCAAACACGUGCGCUGAAGAACUAGUAUGGGCUAGAAACAGCAUUGGCUCCAAAAUAGCGGGUAAUUGCUGGAACCUGAAGACAACAAAAACGUUAUAAAUGUUUGAUUUUGAACUCUAAUCUCAGGUGGGAAAAAAAAAGUUUUAUCAACGCGAGAGAGAGAGAGAGAGAGAGAGAGAGAGAGGUUGAAUACAGACCCUAAUCCCUCUCUCUGUCUCUCUAAAUUUGACUGAAAUUACCAAAACCCUAAAUUUUAGUUCUGUUAAAGAAUGAGCAGCCAGGUGGUUCCUCCUCCUCCAGGUCUGAAGAGAAACAGUCUGACUCAGAAGCGAGGUCCUUCCACAUCCUCCAGGAAAUCUUCAUCGUCCCUCUCGGCAUCUGAUAAUGGAACCGUUAACAAGCCAUCCUCUCCUCCACCCCAAUCGUGUGUUUACCUCUGUUGUUGGCGGAGAGCGAACCGUGAAGAAGUUAAGGUUGUCAAAAGCUCUCACGAUACCUGAGGGCACCACUGUCUCUGAUGCUUGUCGGAGGAUGGCAGCUCGACGCGUCGAUGCUGUUUUAUUAACUGAUGCUAAUGCUUUGCUUUCUGGGAUUGUUACAGACAAGGACAUUUCUGCCAGAGUAAUAGCAGAGGGAUUGAGACCGGAGCAGACGAUAGUAUCAAAGAUUAUGACAAGGAAUCCUAUUUUUGUUGCGUCUGAUUCAUUAGCUAUUGAUGCUCUUCAGAAGAUGGUCCAGGGCAAAUUCCGACACCUUCCUGUUGUGGAGAAUGGCGAAGUUAUUGCAUUGCUGGAUAUUACAAAGUGUCUUUAUGAUGCUAUAUCCAGAAUGGAGAAGGUGGCUGAACAGGGGAGUGCAAUUGCUGCUGCAGUUGAAGGGGUGGAACGUCAAUGGGGAAGCAAUUUUUCUGCUCCAUAUGCUUUUAUAGAAACACUGAGGGAGCGGAUGUUCAAACCUUCUUUAUCUACUAUCAUUGGCGAACAGACCAAGGUUGCAAUUGCUUCACCAUCAGAUCCUGUCUAUGUUGCUGCAAAAAGAAUGCGGGAUUUGCAGGUUAAUUCAGUUAUCAUUGUGACAGGGAACAAAAUUCAGGGGAUACUCACUUCAAAGGAUAUUCUCAUGCGAGUUGUGGCACAUAAUAUUUCUCCUGAAUUAACCCUAGUGGAAAAGGUAAUGACAUCAAACCCUGAAUGUGCAACAUUGGAGACAACAAUUCUUGAUGCAUUACAUAUAAUGCAUGAUGGGAAAUUUUUACAUCUUCCUGUUGUGGACAAGGAUGGAUCUGCUACUGCCUGUGUAGAUGUUCUGCAGAUAACUCAUGCUGCAAUUUCUAUGGUUGAGAAUAGCUCUGGGGCUGCUAAUGAUGUAGCAAACACAAUGAUGCAAAAGUUCUGGGAUUCUGCCCUAGCAUUAGAGCCCCCAGAUGAUUAUGACACUCAAAGUGAAAUGUCUGCAAUAAUGACAUCAGAUGGGACUGACCUUGGGAAGUAUGCUUAUCCACCUGUCGGUCUUGGAAAUUCAUUUGCCUUCAAGUUUGUGGAUCUCAAGGGUCGAGUGCAUCGUUUCAAUUGUGGCACUGAGAAUUUAGAUGAGCUUACAUCUGCUUUACUACAAAGGAUUGGGGUUAGCCUUGGUCAAGAACAUCCUCAACUUUUGUAUGAGGAUGAUGAAGGUGACAAAGUUUUACUCGUGACUGAUGGUGAUCUCAUCAGUGCUAUUAACCAUGCUAAAACAGCAGGAUUGAAGGUUCUAAAGUUGCAUCUUGACUUUUCUGAUUCAAGUCGGCCAAUAAGAUCUCAGCCAGAUACAAUGACAACCCAGAGGUCUAGAUGGGGGUCUUUCCACUCUGCUAUCCUGGCAGGUGCAGUUGUAUUAACAGGCAUUGGUGUGCUGGUUUACCUAAAGCGCUCAAAGUUGUGAUGUGAAUUUUUCCGACUUUAUGAAUUAAAGGUAUUGGGAGCUUGAUCAUUUUAGGGUUCUACCAACAUCUGAAUAUAUUUUGUUGGGCAUAGUUUGCGGAAGGAAACAAAUUUUGCUGAAAUCAGCGUUAUAUUGUAUUAAAUGUAGAGUACACAACUAGCAAUGCCCAUUAUGCUUUAACCCGCAAUGCUGUUGCAAUGCAAGCUGGGCUGCAUUUUUGCGCACAGGAAAUAAUUUGACUGAUAAAAGCUGGAGUCUAAUUUCUAGUUGUAAGCAUGGGUAAUUCAAAGGUAAAUGAUAUCAUGGAUUCAGGUCCACAUAAUAUUGUAAAGUUGAUUGUCUUACACGUGUGGAGGGAUGAAUUAUAUAAUAUCUUUUUUUCUUUAAUUUGAGAUCAACAUAUAAUGUAUAAACACUUUUCCAUU